AAGUGUUAAUAUUUUCGUUGACUGCAUCUUUUUAAAGGCCACACACCAAAGCAUUAUCGACCAAUACAUGCUAAAAUAUCUAAAUAAAACAUCUUAGCUUUGUGUUACAGAGGACAAACUAGGAAUAAUACACUGAUAAACAUGACGCCCGGGCUGCACUUUCAACACACCUGCUUUAAAAAAUGUUCAUGUUAAAAUGUCGCACCUGAUGAUUUGAGGAAAUGACGCACGUCUUCUUUCAGACACUCCAGUUUAAUCUCCGGUUGGUGAAGACACUCCUACAGGACGUUUAGGAGAGAAAAGUGAAAGUAAAAACAUCAACAACGGGUUGCGCAUCUUCCUCUACCUCGCCAUCUUCCUGGUCGGUGUAACGGGCAACGGGAUCAUCAUUGCGGUUCUGUCUCGGAACAAACGCAUGUGGACCAUCACCAACAUGUUCCUGCUGUCCCUGGCCGUCAGCGACAUGAUGGUCGCCCUGGUGUGCAUCCCCUUCACCCUCAUCCCCAACAUCAUGAAGAACUUUGUCUUUGGGAGCGGCACCUGCAAGAUGGUCAUGUACUUUAUGGGUAUCUCCGUGUGCGUCUCCGCCUUCACCCUGGUGGCCAUCUCCUUGGAACGCUACAGCGCCAUCUGCAAGCCGCUCACCUCCAGGACGUGGCAGACCAAAUCCCACGCCGUGAAAGUGAUCGGUGCCACCUGGAUUUCGGCCAUCCUGCUGAUGCUGCCUUAUCCAUUUUCCAGCACUCUGAAGCCCUUCACGCGCCGCAACAACACUACGGGUUACAUGUGCCGUGUGGUGUGGCACAACGACGCCAUCCUCAAGUCCUGGUAUGUGUCCUUGUUGGUGUUGCUCUUCUUACUGCCGGGGAUCAUUAUGAUGGUGGCCUAUGGACUCAUCUCUCUGGAGCUCUACAGAGGGGUCCGCUUUGAGCUCUCUGACAGGAAAUCAUCGUCAUCAUCAACUCAAGACAAACCAGUGAGCUUGAGAACUCGAGGGAGCGAUGGCGACGGCUGCUACGUGCACUUGAAAAGAGGAUCUACUCAAAGAGGCAGCCUCGGCGGCGCCUACGCUCCGGUCCGUGUGAGCCAACGCGGCAACAAGGCUAACCUGCUGAGCAAGAAGCGAGUGAUCCGCAUGCUGCUGGUCAUCGUAUUCUUAUUUUUCCUGUGCUGGACGCCCGUCUUUGUGGUCAACACCUGGCAGGCUUUCGACCAGGGCUCGGCCUACCGUCUCACAGGCGCGCCUAUUUCCUUCAUCCACCUGCUGUCGUACACCUCCACUUGCAUCAACCCCGUCAUCUACUGCUUCAUGAACAAGCACUUCCGCCACGCCAUGAUAGCCACAUUUUACUCAUUACGCAUCCUCAAGGAGCACGCCGUUGACAUAUGGGGCAGGAUGACAGGUGCCAAAGUUUACCAGGGAGAGGUCCGUCAGACCCGGGAGCAGAGACGGCAGAAAAGACGAGAGCAGAGAUUCCAAGGAGAGGCCAAGCAAAACUUGGAGCAGCGGGUUGAGCAGAUGGACAUCAUGAAGUCAAACAUCCAAGUGACUCCUGACGCGUGCCAUGACCCAGACGGCCUGGAGCUGUCCGUCAAGCUGUUUGUUGAGAACAUGGGGCUGAGCCCUGAGCACAGCAGCGAGCAGAAGAGUCAAGGCGUGCUGAGCAACAUGACCUCCUGCAUGAGCAUCAACAGCGUUCCCUCGCUGCUGCCGCCUGAACUGGUCUGAAAGGCGUUACGAGACUCAGAGCGACAGGAAGAAGCUACGUUGUGCUGUCACUGGACUCGUGGAAGCGUGACGCAGCUCAACACUCGUACGGGAUUUGGACUGGUAUGGAAAACAGGAGUGUGGUAGGAGUCACUGGUCGACCUCCAAGCUGCUCCUUUGGCAACGUGUUCAAAUCUGCAACAAAAACAUUGAAAACUCCAGAAGAGCAACGACACUCACUUUCAGUGCUCCAAGUGUUCGAAGGUACAAUGGCUGCCUCUAGAUUACAUCAGUGAGUACAUUGUCACUUUUUAAAUGUGAUUUAUGUAGCGAAGGUCUUGUUGUAUCUUAGACUUAGACAAACUUUGUUGAUCCACAGGGGAAAUUGUCCACACAGUAUCUCAGUUGCAAAGGAUGGAAAGGAUAAUGCAGGUAUAAAGUAGACUAAAAUUUAUCAUAGAAGCAAUAUAAAAUAUAACAUACAUGUGAUAUUUGCAUACAAUAUAUUCUGAUAUAUUAUAUUUUUAUAUAAUAAAUACAUUUAAAGGCCUACUGAAACCUACUACUACCCACCACGCAGUCUGAUAGUUUAUAUAUCAAUGAUGAAAUAUUAACAUUGCAACACAUGCCAAUACGGCCUUUUUAGUUUACUAAAUUGCAAUUUUAAAUUUCCCAGGAGUUUCUUGUUGAAAACGUCGCAGAAUGAUGACAUGUACGCUUGACGUCACGGACUGUUAGGUAAUAUUAGCGCUGCACACACACACAGCUAAAAGUCGUCUGCUUUAACCGCAUAAUUACACAGUAUUUAGGACAUCUGUGUUGCUGAAUCCUUUGCAAUGUGUUCAAUUAAUAAUGGAGAAGUCAAAGUAGAAAGAUGGAGUUGGGAAGCUUAAGCUUUUAGCCACACAAACACACGGUGAUUCCUUGUUUAAAAUUCCCGGAGGUGAAACUUUCCUAUGGAUGAGAGCGGUCAAGCCAACAUGGAUCUCGACCAAAUGUCAACCGGCAGUUUUCGGUGAUAAAAUUGUGGUAAAAAGUCGCCACUUACCGGAGAUCAGCUGAGCUUGUGCCGUCCAUAAAGCUGCCGUCCACUUCCAUCAGACACCGGCCUCAAGACACCUGUGGACACACCCUUCCGACUACCAGGUACUAUUAAACUCACUAAAACACUAACAACACAAUAGAAAGAUAAGGGAUUUCCCAGAAUUAUCCUAGUAAAUGUGUCUAAAAACAUCUGAAUCCGUCCCAAUGCAAUCGCGUUUUUUAUAUUUUAACUUGAUUUAAAAAAAAUGUUUCUAGUCCGUCGCUAUCAAUAUCCUCAAACACGAAUCUUUCAUCCUCGCUCAAAUUAAUGGGGAAAUUGUCGUUUUCUCGGUCCGAAUAGCUCUUUUUGUUGGAGGCUCCCAUUAAAAACAAUGUGAGGAUGUGAGGAGCCAUCAACAUGUGACGUCAUCGCCUGCGAUUUCCGGUAGAGGCAGGGCUUUUCUGUUAGUACCAAAAGUUUCUAACUUUAUCGUGGAUGUUCUCUACUAAAUCCGUUCAGCAAAAAUAUGGCAAUAUCGCGAAAUGAUCAAGUAUGACAUAGAAAGGACCUGCUAUUCCCGUUUAAAUAAGAAAAUCUAAUUUCAGUAGGCCUUUAAGUACUAUACAUUUCAACCUUAGCCUUUCUUGUGGGAGGCAUCAAUGCCUUGUGAAACACAAAGAGUUACACUGUGUCACUUGAAACCUCAAAGUGUGGGUUUUAUUUGAAGAAAAUCAAACAUGCCGGAUACAGCUGCUGAGUCACUUGACUGCCAAGUACCAAACUGUGUUGAUCAACAAGUGACAGUUUGUACUAAAAUGAUUUGUAAGAGAGCAGACCUGCGACCUGCUCGGUGGACUUGUGGUUAGAGUGUCCGCCCUGCGAUCGGUAGGUCAUGAGUUCAAAUCCCGGUCAUAGCAAAGACUAUACAAAUAGGUCCAAGUACCUCCCUGCUUGGCACUCAGCAUCAAGGGUUGGAAUUGGGGGUUAAAUCACCAAAACGAUUCCCGGGCGCGGCCACCGCUGCUGCUCACUGCUCUCCUCACCUCCCAGGGGGUAAUUAAGGGGAUAAGUCGAAUGUCACCACACCUAGAGUGUGUGACGAUAAUUGUUACUUUAACUUUAUUAUUUGGCUCAUUGACCACAGUUGUGCAUUUCAUAUUAUUUUCUGUGCAACUAUUUAUUCAUAAUAUACAAAUAAAAAUUAUAUUUGCAAACUAUUACGUUUACUUGCUGGUCAAAUAUACCGAUUUCGUGGAUUAUAAUUAUGAAACACCAACACAAUAUCAGUGCAGCGCCAAUACAGCUAACGAGUGUGCCAUACACUCACUGAGGCAUCAUUUACACGUCACUACUAAUUGGGGUCUUACCAGAUUCGUCUACAAUCUGUUCAGUCAGCUACUGUACUGUACUGUUGAACAUUAGCCUUAUCUUUUGUUUUCUAUUCCCGUGGUGGGACGCGGUGCACCUGCACCAUCAAAAGGUUUGAUUCCUGGUACUGUCCAGUGGAGAAAGAAUGAGGUCAUACCUUGCAGUGUAAAUAUCACUUCUGCGUGCCUAUUUUGACAACACAACCAUGUUAUCUUAUAGAUAAUUGAAUGUCAAAUAAUGCCCAUGUUGUUAUGUGUGAGUAGUCAUUAAAUACAUAAAAAAGUAAGACUUUAUAACACUUUUUAUUCUCAUUUUUAUGACAUUUUUUGUGUUUUAAUGACAGACUGGAGCAUGACCCGGAGCUGGAAUAUGUACAAAAACUGCUAUUAAAAAACAAAAA